AUUGUGAGUGAGAUCAGAUGGUUGUAUUUUCCACAUCGGAUCGACAGCACAACGUAAAAACUUUUUCUGUGGGGCGGUGAACAGAUGAAUUUCGCUCAUUUUGUAAAGAAUUUUAAGAACUCGUACUUUUACUUUUUUUGAGGAGCUCUCGUUUUACCGUAUUGCACAAACUUGUGGCAUCGGCUCGGACAAAUCUGGACAAAAUUGGAUGCUUUCUCUGCUUCUAUAAAGACAGAAUUGCCAUAAGGGGGAUGCCAGCUGUAGCCCCAGACCCCUGGAACACAGAAGAAUGAUGAAGAAGGCCAAAAGCCCAGGACCCUACAGUGUUUGACCCGGGAUGGAGCUGAAAGUGUGGGUCGAUGGAGUUCAGCGCGUGGUCUGCGGCGUUACAGAGGCCACCACCUGCCAAGAAGUGGUCAUCGCUCUUGCUCAAGCUAUUGGUCGCACGGGGCGCUACACACUAAUCGAAAAAUGGAGGGACAGUGAACGCCAUCUUGUUCCGCAUGAGAGUCCCGUUGCCUCUCUCAACACUUGGGGGCAGUAUGCUGGCGAUGUACAGUUCAUCCUGCAUCGCACAGGCCCCUCCCUCAAUGAAUACCCCUCGAAUGAGGGUCUUGCCCCUCGAGCCCCGGAACGUGGCUUGCAUCGCCAGAGCCUUCCGUUGAUGGCCAAGCUCCGAGCUCCAGGUGACCGCUCCCUCCGUAGACGCGAGCCACGCCGCAAAUCACUGACUUUCACCGGUGCUCCCCGUAGUCUCAAGGACAUUCUCAGCGGAGGCAGGCUCAGCGACAGCAGUGGCAAACACCGGACGGUUUUAGUAAACGGCAGCCACACCCCACCAUCCAUGUCUCCGCGGUUGUCAGGGAGCCGCGUGGAGGAUCUCACCCAACUGGUGAAGCUGCAAAGGGAGACUCUCAUGGUUCUAGAUCACAAAAUGGAGGAGUAUGAUGUGGAACUUCGGACGUUGAGCGAGAAGAGAGCCGGAGCAGGGGAUGAAGAUGCAUAUACGAAGGUGAAGGAUGAUGUGUCGAGGUUGGAGAAGCAGGUGCGGAGGAACGGAGUAGAGAUCGAGGAAGAAGAAUUCUGGGCCACUGAGCUCCAGAUAGAGGAGGAGAGCGAGAGGCAGCUGCAGGAGCGGUUGCAGGAGUUGCACGGUCUGCUGCGGAGCUGCGAUGCGGAUCUGGAACAUCGGCUAAAGUCCCUGCAAAGUGUAGAGGCGGGUCUAGAGGCUCAAAGGCAGCAUAAGGAGACCAGAAAGACUCAGCAGGCUAGUGAAGGGGAAGUGAAGGCAAGACUUCAGAGGGUAAAAGCCGAACUAAAGGCUCAAGCUCAGCAUACGGCCCAGCUUGAGAAUAGCUGUAGAGCGGUGGACCGAUCAAUGGUGGAGUCGUGCAAGAGAUUGCAGGAGAGCCAGCACGAGCUGGAACAGCUGACCAAAGAGUUGAGGCAGGUGAAUCUACAGCAGUUCAUUCAACAGACAGGCACCAAAGUCACAGUUCUCCCUGUGGAGCCCAACGAUGAGGACUCAUGCAACACAACAGAGGAUAGAGAUAUCGCUGCAUUAACUGGCUCAUUGAAACGUUCGGGUUUGUCUCACCCUAUGGUUGGCAGCAUUCACAGACUGCCGAGUCCCAUUUCCUCAACUUUAAAUCCUGACGGCAUCUACGUUUGAGGACCUCAACUGAAAUAGCAGAAAUUAAGCUUUUUUUUAAAACCUAUCCACAGAAGUCAGGUUUUCAUUGGGUUAGCUGGUUGUUUAGAGCGGUUUUGCUAUUCGCCUACAACAAGCUGAAUAUUGUUUCACAUACAAACAGAAAAUAUGCAAAUUUUAAUUUACAUAUAAGAUACUGUAAAAAAAAUGGUACCUGUACCCUUGUCACAUAAAUCACAGCUGGAUGAAGGAUUAAAUGCAUGGAAACGUAAAUAUAUUUUUUUAAUCUUAUUACAUUCUUAUUUUAGCCGUUUGUAUGAACGUGCAUUUUUUUUAAUGUAGGUUUAUUCUACGUGCAGAGAGAUUUCAUUUGAUAUUUUAUGCUGUGGUCGGUUUAUAGCCUCAUUUUGUAAAGCGUUUAUCAAUCAGUGUUUUACUAUGUUGAGCCAAAGAUGAACUUUUAUGUUAGUUAGUUAGUUACCAUAGUGUUACGCAGUGUUGGGUGUAACUAGUUACAAAGUAACUAGUUACUGUAAUAAUAUUACUUUUUUCAGUAACUAGUAGUGUAAGGCAUUACCCGUCUGAAAAUGGUAAUAUUAUUACAGUUUUCCCGAGCUAGUUACUUGAGUUACAUUCGCCAGUAGCACCUUCAUCACACAAGGCACAAAACACAGAGAACAAAAGGGAAGGGGAGGAGGGCGUGAAUGGAACAGUGAUUGGUCUAAGUUUGGCACGAAGUAUCAUUUACCAUGACCGAUUGGUCGACACCCGGCAGCCAGCAGUAGUGAUGGGAGAAACGAAGCUUUUCGAAGCUUCGAAUCAAUUGAACCAAUUGCUUCGAAAAUUGAUUCAGUUUUUCGAAGCAGUUCGAAACAGCACACACGCUGGCGACCCCUGCUGGUCAAAAUAGUGUAAAGCAGAUAUGGCCAAACAUUUUAGACUUUUUUUUACAAAAUAAUAGCAGAUUUUUAUUAAAAUAUGUUUAAAAAAAUUAUUUAACUUAAUUAAGACAUAGUUAAAAGUGUAUUAUGUGUUUUUAGUUUUAUUUAGGGCAAACAAAUCAUUAAAACUAACUACCCUUUUAAUUAUGCACAUUUUUGUCAUUAAAUCUGUCUAUAAACAAUAAAUAGACAAAAUGGCAGUGUAAUUAGUCAGAAGGAUAAAUGUUUUAUGAACUUUUAUAAUAAAACUGACCCGAGUUCACCGAAACAUAUUAGACACUGGUCAUGUGAUCAACUCCCCCUAGUGGUGAAUCGUCGGAUUUUCGAAACGUUUCGAAACAGUUAUGACGUAAUGAAGCCUCGUUUGCUAAAAUCACGUGACUUGGGCCAGUUUGAAACACGCUCCGAACCACUGAUUCGAAACAAAAGAUUCGUAAAUGUUUCGAAGCCUCAUGAAGCAGUGCUUCGAAAACGACCAUCACUAGCCAGCAGCACAGAGCGGCAGCAGCACACAAAAGAUCGGGAAAAUGGAAGCGUCAACAACGGCAAGCUCUUUUUCAGAGGAAGGUUCCCAGCAACAGAAAGCUAUUUUCGACGGGUGGAGAUUCAAUCAUAUUUUAUUAUGUUCAACGGAAGGAAAAUAACUUGACGGUGAAGUGCACACUCUUUAAUGUUUUUCUGAACGCUGUGCCCCGCGUCCGGUAGAUGGUAAGGAAGCCAGCAUUUUCUUGGCCGUGGCUUGCCCAAAUAAACUUUCUUGUCCAGAAAAAAAAUGUAACUAGUAAUAUAACUAGUAAUAUAACUAGUUACUUUCUCCAGGGAGUAAUAAAGUAAAGUAAGGCAUUACUAUUUUUGAGAGUAAUAUGUAAUACGUAAUAUAUUACUUUUUUGAGUAACUAGCCCCAACACUGGUGUUACGUUACUGCAUAAAUGCAGAAUAUUUACUCUGUUUUAUGUAUGUUUGAUGAGAAUUAUGCAUAAAACUGGCAUUGACAAAUCCAGAUUUAGUAUUGUAUUUUAAUAUUUCAUUGUUACCAUUUCUAUACGUUUGUUGUAUAUAAUUUGUUUUUAGCUAGAAAUGACUUUUAAAGUCAUUUUGUAUAAGCAGUGCCUUACUGAAGUUCACAUGAAGCCAUGUUAGGAUCAAGUUUAAUAAUGAUGUGAUCAUUUUAUCUUCAUUGUACAUAUAAAUAUUAUUAUCUUCUAGUCAUUGCACAGAUGCCAUUGUUUUGUACUUGUGGUUGGAUUUUAUUUCAGUAGUUUAGAGGUUUUUAAACAUGUUUUACUUAUUACUUGGCGUAGUUAUUGUCAACUCUGUAUCAUUAUUCUACUUUUGAACCCCAAAAGCUGAAUGAAACAAGUUAUAUGUAUAGCUUUUUGUUUUACCGCAUAGUCUUUUAUUAAACCAGAAUAACCAUUACAAA